CCGCCCUCGACGGUGUCUGUGCUGGGAGAGGGCUGUGGGGGAGCCUGCUGCGGGAGAAAUGGCGGAGCGGAGCGAGAGCUGGGUCGGGGGGCGCCCGUGGAGGCCGGCGGGGCGGGGGUGGUGUCCGAGCUCUGCGCCGAGCCGGCGGAGCGGGACAGUGGUGUGGGCUGCUCUGGGCCCUGAUUCUGGAAAGGGGCCUGUUGGGCCCCGCGUCCUGGGUGCUGUCCCUUCCCACAGGCGCCUCGUUAAUGCCGAAGUCCCCUGUCUGUGCGGUAGGUCUGGCGAUUUCAGCAGAAGCGGAACUGAGUGGGUAGAAUAUGAAGAGAGCAAAAUGACAUAUUUAUCCGCCUCUGAAUAUAACAGUUUUAUUGCCUUCCAUAUUUAGAUUUUGCAGCCAAUUGAUUUAAGUAGAUGACAGGGUGAAAAGUCGGUUGACUUUCACAGGAAUGGUCCAUGUAAAUAGUGGGGUAUUAAUUCACCUUGCUCAUUCAGGAUCUGUUUUCUCAACACCCAGCCCACAUUAAUAUGUUGAGGUGUGGGAAUGGCGGUUCAGAAUAAAGGAGAAAGUUUUCUGAAGGGUGAAUUUAGAACUCAUGAAGUCAGUUUGUUUCUUCAAUUUCUGGUUCUAGAAACCCAAACUCCAUCUCCGUCCACCCCUCGCAGCCCCUCUCAUUUUGCUGUAGAAGCAGUCCCACGGAAUGUUUAUGGAAUUCCUGAGGAGGGAUAACUGUGGAACUAUGGGAGUUGGGAGACAUUUAGUUACUUAUUUCCUGAUUCUUGAAAAGGAGGAGUUAGAACCUGAAUUUGGGGUAUUUGUCUAUUAACCUGAUAUUUUUCUUCUAUGCUGUGUGGCUGUCUGCAUAGAGAUAUUCUGUCAACAUAUUCUCUGGGUAUUUUGCUAAAUGUCCUUCCCUCUUCCUGUAGGGCAGGACUCCUCCAGCUAGAGGACUGUUCUUUGUUGGGAAAGAUAGCAUCUUCUGAGAACCUAUGCUGUGUGGGGGCUGAUUGGCAUAGGUGGUGAAUGAGGUUUGUUCUUUAUAUGUUCCUGUAGAAAUCCGUAUAUAGCUGUUUACUUUGAAUUUAAUUAAGAGAGAGAACGAAAACUAUUCAUUUGGAUCCAAGGUCUCCCUGUGAGUUGGCUGUGGGGCUUAUCAACACUGGAAGCAAGGAAAGAGGAGAAAAUUGCACCAAAUCAGUGCAGGUCCAUCUCCAUUGGUGGCUGUGAUGGCCUUGGAGUGGCAGAAGAUCAUCACCUUCAUCAGGUCUGCACUCAGGAACCAUCAUCUUCCCUCAGCCUGAGUGUCUCCGCCCUCUGUCUGUGUCAUUGACAGAGGCUGUGUGUUUGAAAAGGAGAUUGUGUGACUGCUGAACUGACACUUGACUCUAACUCUUGCUACAAAGUUUAUCUCUGACCCAGUAAAAGAGUGUUAAGACAUCGACCUGGAACACAUUGAGAUCCAAGGCCAAGACUGUAUAGGGCUAUCUAUCUAACUGGGCUUCAGCCAUGACUGGGGCUAAAAAUGAGAGUAGAAAAAAGGCCAAAACUGAGAAAAGGGCUGGUGUAGAAACUGAAGCAAAGAGGGAGGCUACUGGCAUAGUCACACCUGUAGCCAAGACCCAAGCCAAAGCAGUAGUCAAGACAGGGUCUCAGGCAGAUGCAGUGGCAGAGAGGAAGGCAGUGUCUAAGAACAGAAUUGUUACUCAGAUGAAGGAAGGGGCUCUAGCAGAUUUUAGUCCCAAAGCUGAAGAUGAUGCCACUAGAGUAUCUCAGUUUUGUUCCAUGGCUAAGGCUAGUGCUGAGUCGAGGUCUACAUGUAAAGAUAAGGCUGGUAUUGACACCUGGUUCUGGACUGGGGAAGAGGGCAGUGUUGGUUCCUGGUUCUGGAGUGGAGAAGAGGUGGGUAAUCAUUCCAGUACUAAGGAUGAAGAUAAAGCUGAUAUUGGUCCCCUGUCCUGUGCUGAGAAGUUGGAACCUGUGGCUGGGGCCAGCUGCAAGGCUAGGCCGGGGGCUGAGGAGGAGGAAGAAGAGAAUGUUAUUGGGAACUGGUUUUGGGAUGGAGAUGAAACUAGUUUUGACCCUAAUCCUAGACCUGUGAGCAGGAUAGUUAGGCCUCAGCCUGUGGAUGAAAUUAAUGAAAAAAAUAGGCCCAAGGACUGGUCUGAGGUAACUAUCUGGCCCAAAGCGCCUGCUGUGACUCCAGCAGUGUUAGGAUUUAGAUCCCAAGCCCCAUUUGAGACAAAGCCUCCUUCAUAUAUUGUCCUGGCCUCAGCUGAGGAAACUACCCAUUCUUUGCCUGUGGCAACAGCGUGCCAUUCUAGGAGCACUCCCUCAUGCUCACAGACUAUUCCUGAGUACCCAUUUGGUUCUGACCCUUGCAUCCAGACCAUAGAGGAGAUUAGACGCCAAAUCAGGAUCAGGGAGCUGAAUGGGAUUAAGCCAUUUGCUUGUCCUUGCAAAAUGGAAUGCUACAUGGAUUCUGAGGAAUUUGAAAAACUUGUUAACUUACUGAAGUCAACUACUGAUCCUCUCAUUCAUAAAAUAGCUCAAAUUGCCAUGGGGAUCAUUAAUGUUCAUCCAUUUGCCCAAGAGUUCAUUAAUGAGGUGGGUGUAGUGACACUUAUUGAAAGCUUGCUCAGUUUUCCUUCCUCUGAAAUGAGAAAAAAGGCUGUAAUUACUCUAAAUUCCCCUUCUGGGGAUAAAAGACAACGCAAGGUUGAAUUACAUGUUAAGCAUAUGUGUAAGGAAACCAUGUCUUUUCCCUUGAAUUCACCUGGACAACAAUCUGGAUUAAAGAUACUAGGGCAACUGACUACUGAUUCUGACCAUCACUACAUUGUUGCCAAUUACUUUUCAGAGCUUUUCCAUUUGCUAUCCCUGGGAAAUCGUAAAACCAGAAAUCUUGUUUUGAAAGUGCUUUUGAACAUGUCUGAAAAUCCAAGUGCAGCCAGAGACAUGAUCAACACAAAGGCAUUAGCAGCAUUAAAACUGAUCUUUAACCAGAAAGAGGCAAAAGCCAAUCUUGUUAGUGCCGUGGCCAUACUUAUUAACAUAAAGGAGCAUAUCAGAAAGGGCUCAAUCAUAGUUGUUGAUCACUUGAGUUAUAAUACACUCAUGGCCAUUUUCCGUGAAGUUAAAGUGAUUAUUGAAACAAUGUAAAAUGAACCAGAAAUAAAAGAGAAUACUUUGAAUAAUCUCCAAACUCGAAUAGGCUGCCUGUUCCCAAAGAGCCUUGCAUAAUGUUUUGGUUAUCACAGUGUUAUAAAUUACAUCUUUACACGAUAUUACCUGUGACUGUUCUAGGUUUGAGCUUAACCAUUUUUGGAGUAUCAAAUGAAUAUUACACCAUGAGCUGAAAA